AUGUCUCCCGGACUCCUGCUGUGCGUCGCGCUGGCCGCGUGCCACGGGACGCGCACGUGCGGCGGAUUUAACGUCGACGUGCGCUUCCCCGUGGUCAAAGAGGGGCAAACCGCCGGGAGCCUCUUCGGGUUCUCGGUGGCUCUGCACCAGCAGAAGGAGGGAUCCGCCAAGUACCUGCUCCUUGCAGGAGCCCCCAAGGAGAAAGCGGAAUCCCUGCAAAAUGUCAACGAAACGGGCGCCGUGUACUCCUGUCCCGUUACGACGGACCGGUCCGACUGCUCCAGAAUGGACCUGGUCAGCACAACCAACCCGUCUGAGAUGGUGGAGGGGAUGUGGCUGGGGGUGACGGUGGCGAGUCAGAGGGGCAAGUCAGCGGGACGCGUGCUGGCCUGCGGGCAUCGCUACGUGAAGAUCAUGAAAGGAGGCUCGGAGGAGCAGCGACGGAUGGUGGGAAAGUGCUACGUCAGGAGCAACGACCUGACCUUUAACCCCAGCGAUGAGUGGCAGACGAACAGCUAUGAAGUCUGCAACCCCACACAAGACAUGGAGCUCGAGGGCAUGUGCAACAUGGGCAUGUCGGGCGGCAUGACGGACACCGAUGUCUACAUCGGGGCUCCCGGCAGCUACCUGUGGCAAGGAAAUGUUCACGUAACGUGGAGAAAUCCAGAUGAAGCCAACGCCUGGGACUCUUUGACCAAAGACUUUGGAGUGCUGACGAAGCGAAACAGUUACAUGGGUUACUCAGUCCUCGAAGAGCGGAAGCUGCUCAGCCGCGACGAGUACACGGUGGUGACGGGGUCUCCCAGGAACGAGUCCAGGGGCGCCGUGGUCCUCGGGACAAAGGCCGGCAACGACAUCAAGGCGGUGCUCUUCAUCCUGGGGGAACAAGUGGGCUCGUACUUUGGGAGCAGCCUGGCCGUCGCCGACCUCAACAACGACGACUGGAACGAUUUGAUCGUGGGCGCCCCGUUUUACUUCGACCGCAUGAAGGACGAGGGAGGAGCCGUGUACGUCUUCAUGAAUGAGAACGGGUCGUUCCAGACGAGGGCCAGCGUGGUGCUGAAGGGCCCCUCGGGCUCCGCCUUCGGCUUCGCGGUGGCUCCCAUCGGCGAUGUCAACCAGGACGGGUUCCAGGACUUCGCAGUGGGAGCUCCCUUCCACAAGACAGGGGAGGUCCACAUAUGGCUGGGAAGUAAGCAGGGAAUCUCCGGCGAGUCCAGCCAGGUCAUCGAGGGCGAGUCAGUGGCAAACGGAAGCUUCAACACAUUCGGCUACUCCAUCAACGGCGGGAUGGACGUGGAUGGGAACGGUUAUCCCGACAUCCUGGUGGGUUCUCUGGAUAACCGCGUGGCUCUGCUCAGGGCUCGACCCGUCCUCCACUUAACCAAGGCAUUCAAUGUCGAGCCAAAGAUCGUGGACCCUAAAGACUGUCCUGAAAGUACGCCGUGCAUCACAGCGACUUUGUGUGCGUCUUUCACUCUAAGCAAUGGAAACAAGAACUUCAAGGAAAACAUCAUGGUGAAGUACACGGUGGAGGCCGACGUGGAGAGAAGACGAAGCCCUCGCGUUCGUUUCCAGAAGAGCGACGACACGGGUUUCCUGAGCCUGCCGGCGUCCACAGAGAUCUGUCACAACGUGACACUGGUUGUCGUGGCGCCCGUCAGAGACAAACUGCAACCGGUGGUGUUUUCCCUCAACUUGAGCUUACACGAACAGAACCGUGAGUCCAGACGAUCCCUUCAGAACCUCGACUUCUUCCCCAUCUUCAGCCAGGGGCAGAACCUCACUCAGAGGACCAAGAUCGACUUUCAGAGGGAGUGUGGCUUCGACAACAAGUGCAGCAGUAACCUGCAGCUGACAGCCCACUUUGCUGACGAGGACGAUAAGCCUUACCCCAGGUAUGGAAAGAUCCAGAAACUUCAGUUCAGAAGAAAUAUGAAGAUAAUAAGACUGAUGGUGAACGUCACCAACCUCCCGGCCGCGGGGAAGCUGGGUGAAGACGCCCACCAGGCCGCGCUCAACGUCACCAUCCCAGACGAGCUGAGAUACUCUGGCGUCAGGUCCUCGGACCACGAUGUGCAGUGCAGUCUGCAGGAGACGGUGAUCUGUGAGCUGGGAAAUCCACUCAAAGGCAACGAAGCGGUGUCACUGGAACUCAAGUUCGAGACCUCUGGGAUCAGUUUGUACACUCAGGAGAUUCAGUCCCUGCUGCUUCUGUCCACGCUUAGUGAGCAGAGCGACCUGAAGCCGGUUCCCGUGGGCCUUCUGAUAGAAAACACCAUCCUCCCCUCCUUCUCCAUGGCCAACGAGCGGGUGUCAACCCAGUUCAGUGGGACGGUGAUGGGCGAGUCAGCCAUGGUCAACGGCAGUGACGUCGGCAGUCUGGUGGAGUUCAGCUUCCGCGUGAACAUGGGGGGACAGCCUCUGGGAGACAUGGGGACGCUGGCUGUGGAGCUCGAGUGGCCCUUUGAGGUGGCCAACGGCAAGUGGCUGCUGUACCUGAUGAAGGUCUUUGUCAAAGGGGAAUCGGAGUUGGAGUGUAAACCUGGCGGAGUUGUCAACCCGCUGAACCUGACCUUGUCGGGGAGCGGACGAAGGCGCACCAGACGACAGACGGCGGUGGACGCCGGAGAGACGAUGAAGCCAUUUAUCGUUGAGCCACAGGCGGCCAUCACGUUGCUCUCUCCUCGCAAAGAGGCGUACCUGUUGGAAUGCUCAAAGGGAACCGCGCGGUGCGUGACGUUGACCUGCCCGCUGCCCAACAUGACGGACUCCGCCGAAGUUUACGUCCGCUCCCGUUUGUGGAACAGUACGAUGCUGGAGGACUAUUCCAACGCCCUGAGAAUCACGGUCAAAGGUCAAGCCACUCUGAAGCUCAUUACAGACAAACCCACCAUCAGGAUGGACCCCCAGCCCGUCACGUUCGCGGUGGAAAUAGAGCCGCUGGAGAGGGUGGAGGCGCCGUAUGAGCUCCCGCUGUGGAUCAUCAUCUCCGCAGUUGUAGCCGGAAUCCUCCUGCUGGGAAUAAUCAUUGUUAUCCUGUGGAAGUGUGGCUUCUUCCAGCGCGCCAGCAGGAGGGAGAUGUAUGAGGCCAAAGCCCAGAAGGCUGAGAUGAAGAUCCAGCCCUCUGAGACAGAGAGGCUCACCGAGGACUACUGAGGCCCCCCAUGGGUCCCCAAAAGAACGCACCAGUGGGGCUUUUGGCUCGGGUUCUUCAAGCGAGCGAUCUACUACCGCGUAAUGCCAAAGCACCAGGGGGUGAAAAUUCGCAAGGCCGAGCGGUAUCAGUUCAAUCUCGGAUUCCAGCUUGAGGAGCCACAGAAAAAGUAUUGGAUCACCAACUGGACAGAGAUGCAGCGUCGCUACUACUGAGGCCUCUUCUCCGGGGGCGACGAGCCACUCGGCGUCACGCCUCCUGAACACGCGUCAAUCAAAAAACACUCCCGUCGAGCCACGUGCGAGGGCGGCUUUCACGCGCGUCAGAUUCCGUUUCAACCUCCCUCGGUGCAAAGAUCCCCAACAGUCCGUCUGCGGGAUGGAAACUCUUUUCCACGAGUGCAUUGUUGCAAUCGGGGUUAAAUUCCAGAGCAAAUUGUAUAUUGAUUUGAUUAUUGUGUUCGCAUUCAUGUUUCAAUUGUAUUUCUUCUGAAUCCUCCAAGCACAGUUCUUGACAAUUACCUAUUUUUAUUCCCGCCAUGUCUGCUUUGCUCAGCGAUCUGCUCUUCUGUGUGCGUUGUUUUUCCUCAGUGGUUGUUUGUCAUAUCGGGUUUCGGGGGUAUUGUUUUUCAGACUCACAGCCGCUCGGUUAUGAGAGCCUUCGUGUGCCGCUUCCACGUCGGUCUUUGGCCGACCUUUACCAAAAAAUGUGCAUUUUAAACACAGUUGUCAUUGUGGCACCGACCUCCAAAAAGUACGACGGCUUCCUUAGGCAAUGUAGAUAAAAUAUGUCCCUUGUUUCAGGGAAUAAGUACAAAGGGGUACAGGGAAAACAUGGUUGUGAUUGGUGAAUUAUUAUUGUAACAUAUAAACCCAGCAUGACAUCAUGUCUGUAUGUGGAAUUUGGAAACGUGUCGAGAUGACGGGAGAACACAGAUUAUUAUUUAUUACAGUAAAGAUCUUUAAAAUAACCCAACAGGGAGUCGUGACACUGGAGUUAAUGAUACAUGAUGUUGUAUAUACUGCAGCUUGAGCUCUGGCGUAGAUAGACAUGUUAUAAAUUGUAGCCAGAGAAAAGUUACCACACAAUUGACUAUUUGAACGAAUGCAGACGUCAUUGGUAGGCGGGCUUUGUGCUCUGGUAGAAAAACCAUAACCUGCACUCUGUUUCCGAGCCGCUGUGGUUCCCGCCGAGGUCGACCUGCAGCACUGAGAAUAAACCGGACUAUGAGGCGGCGGUCGCUCCGAUGGGACUAAAUGCCGCGUCACCACUCGAUUCUGUGUUACCUGACAGGCCGUUGUGGCCGUUGCAGAGGCUCUAUGUGCGUAAAGAGGGACGGGCUGAAGCCAAUGCACACUGUCAUGAUGGUUUUUUUAAUGUGCAGUUUUAUUGUAAUUAAAUUGUUUCUAACAACCCUUGAAA